AUGGAUUAUCCUGAUGAAAACACGAUAAGGAUCCUAAUAACAACAGAUAAUCAUGUUGGAUAUAAUGAGAAUGAACCUAUUACAGGUAAUGAUUCCUGGAAGACGUUCCAAGAAAUAAUGAUGAUAGCCAAAAAUAAUAAGGUGGAUAUGAUAAUACAAGGCGGUGAUCUGUUUCAUGUUAACAAUCCAACAAAAAAAUCUUUAUACCAAGUUAUGAAAUCUUUGAGAUUAGCUUGUAUGGGAGACAAGCCGUGUGAACUGGAAUUAUUGAGUGAUCCCUCUAAGGUGUUUCAUUAUAAUGAGUUCACGAACGUUAAUUACGAAGAUCCAAAUUUCAAUAUCUCAAUACCAAUGUUUGCAAUUGCAGGCAACCACGAUGAUGCUACAGGAGAUAGCUUUUUGUGUCCAAUGGACAUUUUACAAGUCGGUGGUCUCGUGAAUCACUUUGGUAAAGUGAUGGAAACCGAUAACAUAAAGGUAGUACCUUUACUUUUUCAAAAGGGUGACACCAAAUUGGCUCUGUAUGGUAUGGCCUCUGUGAGAGAUGAGCGUCUCUUCCGUACAUUUAAGGAUGGGAAUGUGACUUUUGAAGUGCCUGCAAUGCGUGAAGGAGAAUGGUUUAAUAUAAUGUGCGUGCAUCAAAAUCAUACGGGGCAUAGCAAUACCGCGUUUCUACCGGAACAAUUUUUACCCGAUUUUCUUGAUAUUGUGAUAUGGGGACAUGAACAUGAAUGUGUGCCACAUCUGGUACACAAUCCCACCAAAAACUUUGAUGUGCUACAAGCAGGUUCUUCCGUUGCAACGUCAUUAUGUGAGGCGGAAGCCCAACCAAAAAACGUUUUCAUUCUCGAACUUAAAUACAAUUUGCAGCCGAAAUUGAUUCCCGUACCGCUGAAUAGUGUACGAACCUUUGUGAUGAGAUCAGUUGCUCUACGAGACGUUCCGCAUUUGCGACCACAUGACAAGGAAGGAAUAACUAGACAUUUGGUAGAGCAGGUAGAAGAAAUGAUCUCCGAAGCCAACGAGCAGACCAAGGAAAAGAUUGCUGAUGAAUAUAGUAAUGUCAAUGAUAACGAUAUAGAUCCUCAAAUACCGUUGCCUCUGAUAAGACUUCGAGUUGAUUAUAGCGGUCCCCUUCACGACCUGGCUUCAAUUGAUUACCAAGUUGAAAAUCCUCGCAGAGUAAGUAACAAAUUUGUGGGAAGGGUUGCAAAUAGCAACAACGUAAUUCAGUUCUUCAAAAGUAAGAAAAGGCAUCUAACAACAACUAAGAGAAAUAAGAGAACAGCUAGCAGUGAUAAAGACAUCGAGACACUAAUUGAUGAAGCGGGGGGAGAGUUGGAAGUACAGACCUUAGUGAACGAUUUACUAGCUAAGAUGCAACUAUCUUUAUUACCUGAAGUCGGAAUGAAUGAAGCUGUAAAGAAAUUUGUCGAGAAAGAUGAAAAGUUGGCUCUCAAAGACUUCAUUGAUCGUGAAAUAGAUAAUGAAGUGGAUAUACUAUUCUCCAACAAGGACUUUUUACAAACGAACAACCCUGAACACAUCAAGUCCCUGAUAAAGCAGGUCAAAAGGUCGAAUAACAGUGUCCCUUUUACACCUCAACAAACAGCAGCUGCUGAAGACCUGCUGUCUGCAAAUAUUGAUGCGGAAAGUAGUAACUCUGAAGAACAUGAAAGCAAUGAGGACAUCGUUCUGUCUCACGAAGACGGAUUAGGGAAAAAGCCUGCUAGAGGUAAUACGGAAUCAACGAGGAAAAAGAAGCCGCAACCAGAAACAUCAUCAAUUAUUCUGUUAGAGGAGGCUGAUGAGGCUAACAAUAUUGAUGAGAGAGUAUUUAGUGAAGAAGAUGAAGACAUGACUGCAAGAAGAAACACACAAAACAAAACAAAAGCUUCUAGAGCGAUUAGCACUUCUUCUACCAAAAGGAUAUCUGGUAGUAAGGCAAAAUCUUCGCGUACCCCAAAGACUGACAUCUUGAGCAGUCUUCUGGCGAGAAAGAGAAGAUAA